GGGAUUAUUUAAAUUCCAGGUCACAGCAUUGACAGUGAUAAAAAAAAAAAAGCUUCAUAAUUAAGCUACUUUCACUUCACUCCUUCCUUUCUUCUCACUUUCAUCAAUCCAUUGUUUGUUCUGUGUUUUUCCGAUCAUAACAGAACAGCCAUGGGAGGAGGCAAUGGCCAGAAAUCCAAGAUGGCGCGUGAGAGAAACAUGGAGAAAAGUAAAUCCUCCAAAGGAAGCCAGUUAGAGACCAACAAGAAGGCCAUGAACAUCCAGUGCAAGGUGUGCAUGCAGACAUUCAUUUGUACCACUUCAGAGGUUAAGUGCCGGGAACAUGCUGAAGCCAAGCAUCCCAAGGCUGAUCUCUAUGCUUGUUUUCCGCAUCUUAGAAAGUAACCAUUACAUUUUGUAUAACAUGCCUAUGUAAUACUGCCUUCACCUACCAUAUUAUGUUAACCAAACUAUCCAUAACAAAAAUUUCUCAAUGCCAAUGUCAAUGACAGCUAAUUCUAAGUUAAUCUGAGAUUAAGAUUAUGAAUGAGUUAUGAUUUCCUCACUA